CCCGCUCCGCCGCUGCGAGCCCUCAGUGCUGGAUCUAUGUUGUAUAGAUGGGCUAGAUGCCACACGUCUUUAGUUUACAGAUUGUAACGGCUGCAAGUUUGAUUUCAUUUUUACGCCGUGUUUCCCCUUCUUUCUCUUCUCCCUUUCUUCUUCUUCUUCUUCUCAUCUGCUUGGAUACUGCUGACUUAGGCAUUGGAUAUGUGCACACAGGAUGAUGACAACCCCUUUCCUCCCCGUAGAAGUAAAAUAAAAUAGGCUUUCGCACACACUGGAUUUACUCUUGUCGUUCCAUAUGAAGAAGCCAAAAAUUUGGAUACUGGUCUGUGUCCAUUUACUGCUGUUCAUCACGUUUGGGGUACAUUCAAGUAAAUUUGACGUCAACCCAGUUACAGAUGACAUCUCUAGACUUUUUAUUCUGAGACAAAAUAUUCCUAAAGAUUACAAAAUUCCUGUACACUACAUUCCAAAAGAAGAGGGAGGGAUGUGUUGGGUAAAAUUAAACGUCUUCUACUUGGAGGAGAGUUUGAAAGAUUUAGCACAUAAGUUUGGAAAUAUUUCAUCCAACAGAAAAGAUAUUAGCAUAUUCAACCAAAUGCUCGAAGAACUGCGGCUCAACAUGGGGUCUGUGGAGCCGAUCAUGUAUGAUUUUGAGUGCCACUACAGGAAUGACAGGUGGCAGACAGCGCGGUACUUUGACUUUGUCAAAGACUUCCUUAUAGCUGCACAGAAUAAAGAAGAUUCAGAUGACUGUGAUCCUCCUCCCUGUCCUACAACACCACACACAGUAACAACAAAUGAAUAUUUAACAGAUUCGCCACUGUCCAGCAGUAAAGGCCCAGAGUGUGCAGGCUGCACUACACGUUCUGGAACGAGCGCCCUGACUGAAGUGGUGGAGCGAAGCCUUCUCUCUUUACUUUUCAUUCCACUCCUAGCUCUCGUAUUCCUGCUCGUGUGGAAGGUCCGAUCACGGAGGAAUGAAGAGGAUCUUCAGCAGAAUCCUGGUGAAGGUGGAUGCUUCACAGGAACAGAAGCGACUGCAGCUCCACUAGAUGCUGAAAUAUCAGAAAAAAACAUGUUGAACGUCAUUGAAAUAGUGUAACGCUUCUACCCUUCCAUGUUCUUCGGCCUAAUUGGGUUCUUCUCUUUCCUCCUGCUGGUGUCCAAAGGUGAUGAAAAACAAACAUGAAGCCGAAAGGUAAAAGGCGCUUGUUGACUGCUCGCGUGAUUAACGAGAGGGCAGAUUCACAAUCGCCACGACCGAGAUUCUUCCCGAUAAACCACGCCUGCCACCAUAUGGAUGAGCUUGUGUUACUGCGUAGACCCCAUGCUUUUGAAAAAGACAGUGAGAUUUUAGCAGAGAUAAACUGCCCUUAUCACACCCCUUCCGGAUUCUCUGGCGCCUGCUAAUCAUCCAUCAACACCUGCUGCACUUUGAACUCUUGGAGUAAAACAUCCCCUUUCGCAAGUUGCAACAGUCCGCCUGUGUUUUUGGGCCCACCAGUU